AUGUGUGUUUUAGAUGUGGAAGUGGAUGAUGUGGAUGUGGAUGUGGAUGUGGAUGUGGGCAACGAUGGAGCUGAAAGGCUUAGCAGUUUGCUGAGCACACGCUCCGACUGUUUCGAGAACAUUAAGGGAAAAGAUAAAAUUAUAAGUGAUAGAGAUGAGGAGCUCGAGAAGAAGGAUCAAGUAAUCAAAGGCUUGGAAGAUCAUAUUAGAUCUGUUUCCGAAGAGCUAUAUGAGAUUACCGAUCAACUUCUGACCGCCAAUGGUACCGACCGAUGCCCCAUUGGCAGUGAAAGUGGCAUUUACAGAGUGAAAAUUCCCGGACUAAGGAACUUCGAGGCUGCCUGCAAUGAGGGAGGCUGGAUGACGAUCCAAAGGCGUAUCGAUGGAUCUGAGAACUUCACACGCGACUGGGAGAGCUAUAGGAAACUAUACCUGAUGACUGAUCAACGACCUUGUGAGCUCGUAAUUAAACUUGGCGACGCUAAUGGAACCACCAAAUAUGCCUAUUACGAUGGUUUUAAAAUCGGCAAUGAGGAGGCAUUGUACAAGAUAAUAAAUUUGGCCUUCCGUUCUGGUACAGCCGGGGACUCUAUGUUCUGGAACAAGAACAAGAAGUUCUCCACUUUCGACCGGGAUAAUGACCUUAUUCCUAGGGAUUGCGCCAAAACGCACAGUGGUGGCUGGUGGUUCGCUGAAUGUGGAUAUAGUUCGCUCAAUGGGAAGUACCAUGCGGAUGGCUUUGCUCCUCACCGAAACGGAAUUCAUUGGGGUACCGCUCAUGGCUACAAUUACACGGUUUCGCUGCUCUCCACUGAAAUGAUGAUAAGGCCAAAGAUUUGUAACCAUUAA